AAAGAUAAGGCAGAAGACGAGGAUCACAAUGAGUAUGAAGAUGAGGACGAGGAUGAGGAUGAGGUCGGGGAUAUGAAUAAGAAUGAGGAGAAGGAUCAGGAUCAAGAUCAGGAUUUUGGUAAGGCUGAAGAUGCGGAGGAGAAUGAGGAUGAUGUGGAUGGUGAUUAG